CACUCCCCCCCCACCCCACCCCCCGGAACCCGGAAGCGAGUCUCUGAGAGGGGGCUGCGAGCGGAGCGGCCGGGAGGAACCCGAACCUUGGGGGGCCGGGCGGGUGGACCAGGGGAUGGCGGGGGGACAAACCCCUGCUGCUGCUGCUGCCGCUGCUGCUCACAUCCUUCUCCGGUCCAGCCGCCGCUGAGAUACACAACACCGCACACCAAGCCAGGGAGGCAUGCUGAAGUCCGGCAUUGGGCAGAAUGAGUUUAAAAGAUGCUGGCAGUGCUGUUUGCCAGGAGAAGGCAGCCUACCAUCUUCAUAUAUACCCUCAGCUGACUACAGAAAGUGCAGCUUUCUGCAGAGUAACAGCCACUAAAGAUACCACCACUUCAGAUGUCAUCAAGGAUGUGAUAACAAACUUAAACUUAGAUGUUACCAAGUGUUAUGUUCUUGUGGAAGUAAAAGAAACAGGAGGUGAAGAAUGGGUACUAGAUGCAAAUGAUUCACCUGUACAUCGAGUAUUACUCUGGCCUCGGAGGGCUCAAGAUGAGCAUCCUCAGAAGGAUGGGUAUUAUUUUCUUUUGCAAGAGAGAAACACAGAUGGGACCAUAAAAUAUGUUCACAUGCAGCUGAUCUCUAAAGUAAAGGAAGCUCGAAGUUUGGUUGAAAGGGGCUUUCUUCCUUGGCAACAGGAAGACUUUGAUGAUCUUUGUAAUCUUCCUAAUUUAACAGAGACAAAUCUUUUGAAGAAUCUGAAGCAUCGUUUUUUACAACAGAAAAUAUAUACAUAUGCAGGGAGUAUCCUUGUUGCAAUUAACCCCUUUAAGUUCCUGCCUAUUUACAACCCUAAAUAUGUCAAGAUGUAUGAGAAUCAGCAGCUUGGAAAGUUGGAGCCCCAUAUCUUUGCCAUUGCGGAUGUGGCCUACUAUACCAUGCUCAAGAAACAUAUCAACCAAUGUAUAGUUAUUUCAGGUGAAAGUGGGUCUGGGAAAACACAAAGUACAAACUUUUUAAUUCACUGUCUCACUGCAUUGAGUCAGAAAGGGUACGCAAGUGGAGUAGAGAGGACGAUUCUGGGUGCUGGCCCUGUAUUAGAGGCAUUUGGAAAUGCCAAAACAGCCCACAACAACAAUUCAAGCCGUUUUGGGAAAUUUAUUCAAGUCAACUAUUUAGAGAAUGGCAUUGUCCGAGGGGCUGUUGUUGAAAAAUACCUGCUUGAAAAAUCUCGCCUGGUCUCUCAAGAAAAGGAUGAAAGAAAUUACCAUGUGUUCUAUUAUUUGUUACUUGGAGUCAAUGAGGAAGAACGCAAAGAAUUUAAGCUCAAACAACCUGAAGACUACUUCUACCUCAACCAGCAUAACUUGAAGAUUGAAGAUGGAGAAGAUCUAAAACAUGAUUUUGAAAGAUUGAAACAGGCCAUGGAAAUGGUUGGCUUUCUUCCAGCGACCAAGAAACAGAUUUUUUCAGUUCUGUCAGCUAUCUUAUACCUGGGUAACGUCACCUACAAAAAGAGAGCUACAGGUCGUGAUGAAGGUUUAGAAGUGGGACCCCCAGAGGUACUAGAUACACUCUCACAGCUUCUGAAGGUAAAGCGAGAAAUUUUAGUGGAAGUUCUGACCAAGAGAAAAACUGUGACAGUCAAUGACAAACUUAUUCUUCCCUACAGUCUCAGUGAGGCAAUAACAGCUCGGGACUCAAUGGCAAAAUCACUGUAUAGUGCUCUUUUUGAUUGGAUUGUUCUCCGUAUCAAUCAUGCUCUCCUUAAUAAAAAGGACAUGGAAGAAUCAGUUACAUGCUUAUCUAUUGGGGUGCUAGACAUCUUUGGGUUUGAAGAUUUUGAGAGAAACAGUUUUGAACAAUUCUGCAUAAAUUAUGCAAAUGAACAACUUCAGUAUUACUUCAUUCAACACAUUUUCAAACUAGAACAGGAAGAAUAUCAGAGUGAAGGAAUCACUUGGCACAAUAUUGAUUAUACAGAUAAUGUGGGAUGUAUUCACUUGAUUAGCAAGAAGCCUACUGGCCUUUUCUAUCUGCUGGAUGAAGAAAGCAAUUUUCCUCAUGCCACCAGCCAGACCUUGCUGGCCAAGUUCAAACAGCAGCAUGAAGAGAACAGGUUCUUUGUUGGGACCCCAGUAUUGGAGCCUGCAUUUGUCAUCCAGCACUUUGCAGGAAAAGUUAAAUAUCAAAUAAAGGAUUUCCGAGAGAAGAAUAUGGAUUACAUGCGACCUGACAUUGUGGCUUUGCUCAGAAGCAGUGAGAGUGACUAUAUUCGGGAAUUAAUUGGAAUGGAUCCUGUGGCUGUGUUCCGCUGGGCCAUUCUUCGAGCAGCCAUUCGAGCAAUGGCUGUUUUCCGGGAGGCAGGACGACUACGAGCUGAGAGGGCUGAGAGAGCUAUAGCAGACAUGGUGUCUCCUUCAAUCAGAAAUCCCUCAGGAGAACUGCAGAAAACCAAUACUCCAUCCGAAAAAGUUUACCGCCGUUCAGUGCUUGAUUUCUCAUUUGAUUGCUCUGAGGAAUUCGAUUUUAACGCUUUUGAGGACAUCAUUGCUUUUUAUGAAAGCAAGAAGGAUUUGCAUGACCAAAUCAUCAAGACUAUAAAAGGAUUGCCCUGGCAGGGUGAAGACCCUCGUAGGCUUCUUCAGUCCCUCAGUCGGCUUCAGCAGCCCCGGGCCCACUUCCUGAAAAUUAAAGGUAUCAAACAAAAGCAGAUCAUUCCAAAGAAUUUGCUGGAUUCCAAGUCUCUGAAGCUUAUUGUCAGCAUGACACUCCAUGACCGUACGACCAAGUCCCUUUUGCAUUUGCAUAAAAAGAAAAAGCCUCCUAGUAUCAGUGCACAAUUCCAGGCCUCCCUUAAUAAGCUUUUGGAGACUUUGAGUAAAGCUGAGCCAUUCUUCAUUAGAUGCAUUCGCUCUAAUGCAGAGAAGAAAGAACUGUGCUUUGAUGAAGAACUGGUUUUACAGCAGUUAAGGUACACCGGGAUGUUGGAAACUGUACGAAUCCGGAGAUCAGGUUACAGCGCCAAGUAUACUUUUCAGGAUUUCGCAGAUCAGUUUCAAGUACUACUACCCAAAAAUGCUGAGCCUUCAAAGGAGAUGAUAUCUGCUUUACUAGAGAAGAUGGACAUGGACAAGAAAAACUACCAAAUAGGAAAAACCAAGGUUUUCAUGAAGGAAACUGAGCGACAGAUCCUACAAGAGACACUUCACAAAGAAGUAAUACGGAAAAUCAUCCUUCUUCAAAGCUGGACCAGAAUGGUCUUAGAAAGAAGACAUUUCCUCCAAGUGAAGCAAGCAGCCAUCACCAUACAGGCUUUUUGGCGUUCUUACCGAGUGAGGAGGACUCUAGCAAAGACUGAGGCAGCUGUUUAUAUUCAGUCAAUUUGGAGAGGAUACAAGCAACAGAAGGCCUACCAGCGGCUAAGGAGAAGUGUUCUUCUCCUCCAGACCCUGAGCAGAGGAUACCUACAAAGACAACGCUUUAGCCAAAUGGUUUCAGAAAAGAAGAGGAUAGAAGAAAAGAAAAGAGAAAUGCAGCAAGCCCUGGAAAAAGAAAAAGAAGAGGCCGAAUCCCCUGAGCCAGAGAAGAGGGAACCAAUGCCCAAGGAGGCAGCUGUCAUGUCAGAGAUGAUGAUCACUCCUGUUUCUGGUCCAGAAUAUCAGCUACAUGAGACACAUGCCACAGAAGAAGAAAAAUCUAAUUUACAACAAGAAAAAGAAAACCAGAAUGCUGAAAAGCCUCUUCCUUCCCAGAGAAAUCUCAUAGAAAGUCAUGAAAAGAGUACUAGUAGCCGAGAAAAGCGUGAAUCACGACGGCAGAGGGGACUUGAACAUGUAAAACUGCAGAAUAAACACAUACUGUCCUGCAAAGACGAUGGUAACAUCCGAGAACCUCCAGGAAAGACAGUCCAGGGACAAAACGAAUGUUGGCAAGAAGUUAUUUUACAAAAUAAGAAAGAAGAGAAAGUGCCUUCAGACAUAGACUCUCUUGAUGAAAUAAUGGGCAAAGAAAAUUUACUGGGGGAAAAAUCAGCAGAAUUGUUAGGUAACCAGACCACUGAGUCUAAGAAAAUGGAAGAAAAUCAGAAGUUGCAGCAGAAAGGAAGUCAGAGUUACAGCAUUCCCGAACGGCCAUCCACCCUCCCCCUAAAUGACAAAGUUACCAAAGGUGCUGCUGAGCAUCACCAAGAGAAAAACAAACCAAGAACUGGCCAGAAAAUAAAUGAAGGCCCAGAGAGUCCUACUGCUUCCCAGAUACAGAGAUACAGAGAAAAUGAUUCUGAGAGAUUGUCUAAUGUAGUCGAAUUAUGGAGAGGAAAGAAAAUGAUGACUGCUGGUGCCAGCAGUGUGCUGAGCCAUUCCCUGGACCUGAGUGAGAAAUACAGGACUGUUGGGUUGCCCCUAACACCAGGAGAGGAUCGAGGAUUUUCUUUAUCAUUGAGUGAUGUUGACAAACUAGUUCCUUCAUCUACCAAGUACCAGAUAUCUUCAGAAGUGGUAGAUGGCAACAAGAUCAGCAAGAAACAGACUGCACAGAGGAAGAAGCCUGGAGAGCCACAUGGUGAUGGUGCAGUUUCUGGCCUGUCCCCAAGUCAGCAGGCUGACUACAAAUCAACACUUAAAUGGCUUUUCAUGCCUAAAAAUAAAGAUAAGAAAUACAACAUAGAGGGAACAGAGGAAAUAGAGACAGCUGCUCCAGUACCUGCAAUGUUGGAAGCUGUAGCAUCCAAGAAGCUCUCAGAAGCAUCAUCUGGACAUCAGAACCGCCCACACACAGGGGAGAGAGACCGCCCUGUGAAAGAGCCAGCUAGCAAGGCAAAGAAGAAUCGUAACAUCAAGAUUGGUAAAAUCACAACAGUGUCUGAGAAGUGGAGAGAGUCCGUUUUCCGAAAAAUAACAAAUGCUAAUGAACUGAAAUACCUCGAUGAGUUCCUUUUGAACAAGAUAAAUGACUUGCGCUCUCAGAAGACUCCCAUUGAAAGCUUAUUUAUUGAAGCCACAGAAAAGUUUAGAAGCAAUAUAAAGACUAUGUAUUCUGCUCCAAAUGGAAAAAUUCACGUUGGCUAUAAGGAUCUGAUGGAAAACUAUCAGAUUGUGGUAAAUAACCUGGCAAUGGAAAGAGGAGAAAAAGACACAAACUUGGUCCUAAAUCUAUUCCAAUCCCUUCUUGAUGAAUUCACCAGAGGAUACACAAAAAAUGAUUUUGAACCACCAAAGCAAAGCAAAUCUCAGAAGAAAAAGCGAAAACAAGAUCGUGCAAUCCAGGAGCACAAUGGGCAUGUAUUUGCAAGCUACCAAGUAAGCAUCCCCCAGUCCUGCGAGCACUGUCUGUCCUUCAUCUGGCCCAUGGAUAAAGCGCUUCUUUGCAAUGUUUGCAAGAUGACCUGCCACAAGAAAUGUGUGCACAAAAUUCAGAGUUGUUGUUCCUCUUUUGGAAGGAAGAGUGAGCCUGGAGCUGAAACACGGCACUUUGGGGUAUGUGUGGGCAAUCUGACCAAUGACAAGAUCUCAGUGCCUGUGGUCCUGGAGAAGUUACUGGAACAUGUAGAGAUGCAUGGCUUAUACACCGAAGGAAUUUAUCGAAAGUCAGGAGCAGCCAAUCGAAUGCGAGAACUCAAACAGUCCCUACAAACAGAUCCUAAUUCUGUGAAACUGGAAAAUUACCCUAUUCAUGCCAUCACUGGGGUUUUGAAGCUGUGGUUGAGAGAACUGCCAGAACCUCUUAUGACAUUUGCUCAGUACAGUGACUUUCUCCGAGCUGUGGAGUUACCAGAGAAGCAAGAACAGCUGGCUGCUAUCUAUGCUGUCCUCGAGCAUCUUCCCCAGGCCAACCACAACACCCUGGAGCGGCUCAUCUUUCAUCUUGUCAAAGUAGCACUCAUCGAAGAAGUGAACAGGAUGUCACCCAGUGCCCUGGCAAUCGUCUUUGCCCCAUGCCUGUUGCGCUGUCCUGAUCAUUCUGAUCCCCUCACCAGUAUGAAGGAUGUCCUAAAAACAACCACAUGUGUAGAGAUGUUGAUCAAGGAACAAAUGAGAAAGUACAAGAUGAAAAUGGAAGAAAUUAACCAGUUGGAAGCAGCAGAGACAAUUGCUUUUCGAAGAUUGUCACUUCUCCGACAAAACACACUAUGGCCUCUAAAACUGGGGUUUUCUUCUCCCUAUGAGGGGGCUAUGAACAAAAGCCCCAAGUCUAAGCUCAGUGACAACAAUUUCGAUGGACUGGGUGUCCUACAGGAGGAACAAGCAGAAGGGGAUGAUGAUCGGGAGAAGGAAAUUCUGAUUGAACGCAUCCAGUCAAUAAAGGAAGAAAAGGAAGAUAUAACUUACCGGUUACCUGAAUUAGAUCAGCGAGGCUCAGAUGAGGAAAAUCUGGAUUCCGAGACAUCAAUUUUGGGGUUACCUCUGCAAUGACACUCCAGGAUCUCACUGCCUUCUCCAAAAGAUGCAAUAAUUUGCCUUAUUUCCCUUUUAAAAGGAGCGGUUACAUUCGCAUUUCCUUGCUACAGUGCGCCUACUUCCAGAACAUCCAGCAUUUCAGCUCCUUUGAUGUCCUCAAACCCUUAUCCAGUUUCUUCUCAGAUGAGACAAAGACCAUCUUCAAUGACAGUUAGAAUUAAAAUUCCUCGGAGGACUCCAAUAAUGCCAACAUCUAAUAUCAAGCUCCCAUAUGGCCUGUCAACUCACCUCCAGAGGCGGACUUCAUCUUUGAAAGAGGCUGAGGUCCCAGUGAAACGCAGGGAGCAGCCAGCUCGGCGAACAGACCAAAUUCAGUCUGUGUAUAUCACACCAGAGGAUGACCCAGCCCACGCACAGGAACCUUUGAAUGACUAUGACCUGGCGAUUGCAGCAAAACGGAGACACUCUGACCCUCCAGUUUACCCCUUUAUUCCUCGGGUAAACAAAUCUGAUGGCUGAAGUUGGACUCAAAAUGGACCAGUCUCAAAGCUGUACCUUCUCUGCAACUGAUGAUAGACCCUCUCAGACUGUUCUGGCCUCUGGUUUUAUUGCAGAACAUACACAUUGUAUAUGUAUGCUCAUAAGUGAGAUAGGACCAACUGGAACACCACCUUGGUAUUCUGGAAAAUACUCUUGUGGGAGUCGGGCAGUAUUGCUCAAAAAUCAAUUUUCUGCUCUUUGAGAACUCAUUAAUUUAAAAAUCUGCAUCGGUAUUAAAUAUGCCUUGAGCCUGCUAACUUGCAAGCUAUACGUGGUGCUGUUUCAGCUCCUCUGCCUUUAUUUGCUUACUGUGGGCUAUGUAAUAGGACCAAAAGGGAGAGAACAGGCCCCUUUGCCAAUAUUUCCCAAUUCUACCCUUUUGUAUGUUUUUAUGGUAACUAUUUCUUUGUAUGCUGUUUACAGAAUUUUAAAACUGUAACAACUGCCUUAAUGGAAGACCAAAUUAUAUAUAUUAUAUAUACAUAUAAAAAACCUUUUAUAUUAACACUGUGCAGCUUUCCUUUAAUAUGUGUAAAGUCAAUGAAGAAUCAGGGCCAUUAAUUUGACCACAGCAUACAUAUAAAACUUCUUUUCAGAUUGGUAAAGAAUAUAUCAUUCUGAGCACCCAAAAGCAAUUUUCACUUGAAAAUAUAGAAAAGAUCAUUUACAGUUGGGUCUUCCCUGAUCUCAUAAAAGUAGACCUUGGAUAAAGUGUCUGGAGAAACAUGUGACUUCUCCCCCCAGACAUUGGGACCAAGGACAUGACAUGGCUGUACUUGUGAUGUUCUCUUCCUGGCUGUGAAAUCUGUACCUUGGGAGUGAGGGGGUGAACUUCUGUGAGCUGGGGACCCAUGAAGAAGAGGGAUUUUUUACUUAAAUGACCUGUUAAUCUGUUGCCUUUGUUGCCUUGUUUUGUCUUUGUGUUUCCUUCAUGAUUGACUGUAAAAAAGAAAACCUGAGUUACGACUGCAACAAGGAGGAACUACAAGGUGGAAAUAGAGCCCUGGGGAUUUUGCUUUCAAUAGACAAUAGCAAGAAGAGGAAAGACAAAGGGUCUCAAGUCAUCCCAACGAAAGCAGAAAACAUCUCCUCUCCAUCAUCUUUCUCCUCUUUCCCGUAGUAGAAGAAAAACUUCAGCUCCAUGCUGUCCACUCAGAAAUGAACAAAGAAUGGCUGAAGUCCAGGGCAGGGCCUCAGCUCUAUUUCCUUGUAUCCUUAAUAAUAAAGUUGAAACAUUCCUAAACAUUCAUUAGAGCAGAGGUGUCUGGUGCCCAGCCUAUGCUCUGGUCUUUUCCCAGGCUACCUGUUCUUCCCGGCACCUCUGCAGCCAAUGUGUCCGGGCCUGGCAAUACUGCCCUUCUAUCAAAAAGUGCCUGCACAGUCGACUUAUAAUAAAUGAUGUCUUAGUUUUCACCUA